CUACGGCCGAGCCCGAUGCGUUUGGCGGGUAUCUGAGAGACGAAUGGAGGGCUCUCUCGCUCGCGCAUCUCAGACCCUCGGAGGUUGCGUCAUGCCCAGGAGCUUGCUCUGCUUCCUUGUGUGCACUACGGCCCAGCGGGCCCGUUCACGCCCUAUGACUGGUCACGCGACUCGGCAGAAGCAAAUUAUACUGGCACGCACUGGAGCACAUCUCGUACUGCACCAGACCCGACCGUUGCGACCGGGAGGACGUUGGCAUCUGGUGUGGAGUCGGUACUCACCAAAUGUAUUGUCUCCAUAGGCAUGUCAACCGCUCUCCGUCCCGCCCGAAGAACAAUGUACGCAUGUCAAGGAAGUGUGCGACAUGGACCGAACUUUCCUCGACAUUGGUUACCUCGAGUCCUACUUCUGCGCAGAUACCGCCGCCCGCCCGCCCCUCUUCGUCGGCUACGCCGUCUGGCUCCUUUUCCUCUUCUCGACCCUCGGCAUCUCCGCCUCUGACUUCUUCUGUCCUAAUCUCGGCACGAUCGCGCACCUGUUAGGGCUUGACGAGAAUGUUGCAGGCGUCACCUUCCUUGCCUUUGGGAACGGCUCUCCGGACAUGUUCGCGACGUUCUCGGCCAUGCGGAGUAACUCUGGAGGCCUCGCGAUCGGCGAACUGCUGGGUGCCGCAGCGUUCAUUACAUCGUGCGUGGUCGGCUCCAUGUGCAUCAUUAAGCCGUUCAAGGUUUCGCGCGGGCCGUUCCUGCGGGACGUCGGUUUCUUCACCGUCGCGGUCAGCCUGCUGCUUAUCGUGCUCUGGGACAACAAGCUCGAGGCAUGGGAGGCGGCUGCCAUGAUUGUGCUCUAUGCCGUGUACGUGACCGCUGUCGUCAUAGGCAGCUGGUGGAGAAGGCGAGAAGAGAAGCGCAGGCGCUUGGAGGCGCUCAUGCGAGCCGAGUACGCAGACGAAGAGCACUAUCACGACGAGGAGCCCUAUAUUGACGAGCCCUCCUUCUCUCAAUCACCGUCCACGCAGACCCUGCAGGUUCCCUCGCCCUACUCGCGCGCACGCUCCAUCUCGCAUCCUGACCCACCUCGGCUUGGAGUACAGACCAACCUGCCGCAACGUCCACGCACGCGCUCGGUCUCACCUUCAUCUCCGCCGCUCAACCACAUGCCCUCCUUCUCCCUUGUCGGCGCACUCGAGUUCAGGCGUGUGGUCUCCUCGCUGCAGCGCGAUGCCGCGUCCGCCUCGCUAUCGCCCUUCGAGAGCCCGCUCACGCCGUACUCGUAUCGGCGAUCCCGACAUAGCCUGCGCUCGGGAUCCCACACGCCGCUCCGCUCACCCAGCGGUCACGGCGAGCAGUACAACCCUUGGGAUACAGCGCUGGGAGUGCCGCUGGACGAGCGCCCCGCGCCUCCCGUCGCGCAGCUCACUCCCGGGGAAUCUCCGCUCGAGGGAGGAGAGCACACGCGCAUCCCCUCCAUCUCGCACACGCCCGCCUCCCCCACCUCCGUCGCCGACACGGACGCGGAGUCGCAGACGUGCGUCGAGGUCCCGCGCACGCGCAGGCAGCGCGUGUACAAAGCCGUCGCGCACGUAGGGCACAUCCUCUUCCCCACGCUGCACGACUUCUGGAGCAAGUCCUUCCUGGGCAAGAUCGCCGCGGUCCUGGCCGCGCCCGCCGUCAUGGCGCUGACUCUCACCCUGCCUGUCGUCGUGACCGCGCACGAGAGCCCGGAGUCGUCAGAGAAGAGGCGGCACUCCGCCGCGGGGUCGAGCGUGAGCCCGCUGAUCGACUUUGAGGAAGAGGGCGUGGAGCGCACGCUGAUCGCGGAAGACGAAGUCGAGGAAGAGAUGCACGAGCUCAAAUUUAACAAGUGGCUAAUGGCCGUCCAGUGCUGCCUUGGGCCGCUGUUCUGUGCUGCCGUCCUGUUAGAUGGCAUGAAGCGCGAGGGCUGGCAAUUGCUAGCCACUGGCGUCACUGGGCUCACAGCGGCGAUCCUCGUCGCCGUGUUUGCGGACAAAGGGCUCUCUCCGGCCGCACAGCUCGCGCGGUGCGCCAUGGGCUUCGUCGUCGCGGUGGUUUGGAUCAUGGCGAUCGCCGACGAAGUCGUUAAGGUUCUUCAGACCUUCGGGUUCAUCUUCGGGCUCUCGGACGCCAUCAUCGGCAUCACGAUCUUCGCCAUAGGCAACUCCCUCGCCGACCUCGUCGCGAACAUGUCCGUCGCGGUCUUCGCGCCUAUCAUGGGCUUCUCCGCGUGCUUCGGCGGGCCGAUGCUCAACAUCCUCCUCGGCGUCGGCAUCUCGGGCUCGUACAUCGUGCGCCAGACGGGAGUGCCCUACCCGCUCCACUUCUCGCCGUCGCUCGUCAUCACGGGCACGGGCCUGCUCGCGUUCCUGCUGGCGACGCUGGUGUUCGUGCCCAUGAACGGGUACCUCUUACCCAGAACGUGGGGCGUGUCGCUGAUCUGCGCGUAUUUGGUCCUGAUGGCCGCGAACAUCGUAGUAGAGGUCAUGGGGAGUCAAUGACACUGGCGCUUGGGUCCGGGGAAGGUUGAGGCUGGUAGUGUCGCUGGUGUUGUCGCUGUGCUGGUAUACGUAUUCACUUAUCGUUACAUGUCCUCUCACCCGCGCUUCGCUGUCCGUGUUUAGUACUAAUCGCUAUUGCAGUCUAUGUAUCGUUGCACAGUUAUUGCCCGCAUCUCACCUAUCGUACC